AAAUGUCAACGGUUGAUGUCAUCCAAAACAAAAGUGGAAAAAACCAAGAUACUUGCAAAAUAAUAUUUUUAAAAUAAUUUUAAUUUAAUUUUGAACAAAUCAAUUUUGUGCCAUGUUCGGUAGAAAAAAACCCGAACCCCCAAAAAGACGAAAUCAUGAUUUGUCUCAGUUUGGUUUGACAGAAAUACCAGAUGAUUUUGAUCCAUCGGGUGGAGCACACGACGAUGGUGGUGAUAGUGACUUUGAGGCUGAACUCGCCGCCAUUGUGGGUGGCGGUGGUAAACAAAAACCCAAAGCUAAACCAAAACCUACACUUAUUCCAGCAUCAGAUUUAGACAAGAUGAUUUCUGAGAGUAUGCGAGACAUAGGUAGCGAUGAAGAAAUGUCCGAUGAUGAUGACGAUCCGGAACUCUUGGGAGAAUUGCAGGGAAUUGCUGGGGGCGCUUUAGAAGCCGACGAACCGAGUCCAUCGGAAGAAAGAGAAGCACAAGCUCAGCAGACGUUUCUCCCAACAACUACAACAGAUACCAUUUCAAUCAUUAAGACGCGUAUUGAAAUGUACAAGUUAGCUGAAGCUGCUGCCAAAAGUGCAGGUGAAUCAGCCAAAGCUCGUCGGUUUAAUCGUGGACUGAAAACUCUUAAUGAUUUGCUUAAGCAAUCUGUUGCUGGAAACUCUAUAAAUGUAGAUGAUAUUCCCCCAGAGGUGAGUGUUAAAUCUGCAAAACCUCCAGAGGAACCAUCUGCAGAGGCACAAGAACCUCCAAAGGUUCCUGCCAGGCAAGCACCAACAGUUCCAUCAAGACCAGCACCUGGACCUCCGCCUCCAGUAGAGAAAACACCUUCAGUAGAAGAAAAACCACUUGUAGUUCUGGAAGAACCUAAACCAGAAAAUCCGGUUUUGAUGAAACUCAAUGAUCGCAAGCAAGAGUAUAAGAUUGCUGCUCUAACAGCCAAACGCUCUGGAGAUACUGCUUUGGCUUUGCAGUUUGUUAAAGUCCUCAAACAAUUUGAUAUGGUUAUAAAACUCUGCGAGGAGGGAAAAGAAGUCGAUCUAAGUGAUAUGCCACCUCCUCCUAAUGAAUUUGCAGAGUUUCUAUCCAAAAUGCAAGCUGGAGCUGCUGAAGAGCCUACUAAAGUAGAAGAACCCACACCGGCGCCAGUUCCGGCACCACCAACACCUGAAGAACCACUUACAACAGCCACUACAAUUCUUGAAGCUCUUGAACAGCGUCUUCAAAAGUAUAAGUCUGUUGAAGAAGGGGCUAAAGCUGAAAACAACUCAAGCAAAGCUAGACGCUUUGGACGUAUAGUCAAACAGUACGAAGAUGCUAUUAAGAGCUAUAAAGCGGGUAGGCAAGUUGCCUUUGAUGAACUACCAACACCACCUGGGUUCGGACCUCUACCUGGAAGUGGUGAUGCACCACCAGCUGCACCAUCUACACCUGCAGCCACAUCUCCAGUACUGCCACCUAAACCGGCACCAGUUGUCACUCCCGAAGGAGAUGGUGAUAGUCUUGAAGAAACUCCCAAACCAUCGCAGAAACCUUCACCGAAAAAAGAACUGACUACUCGAAUGUCUGGAAAUCAACAUAGUACGAAUUUGGCCGAACAACAGAUGAAAAUUCUUUUGGAAAGACAAAAGGAAUUCAAAGUUGCGGCUAUUGAAGCAAAGAAGGCGGGGGAAAUCGAUCAGGCAAAGGAGUAUCUUAAAAUAUAUAAAGGUUUCGAGGGUUUGCUUAAUGCUGCUAGCAGUGGACUUCCGGUCGAUUUGAAUACGCUUCCUUUGCCACCGUCACAACGAGAAAACCUAGAAGCAUCAUUUGCAAUUGUCAAUCCAGGAGACUGUGAUCCAAAUGAUGAUAUAUCCGAUAUAAGUGUUAGAUUAGAAGAGCAAUUGGCUAAGCAACUUAUGAUGUGCAAAAAUACUAGAGAUCAUCACAAGGCCAUGGGUGAUAUUGCUGGAAUGAAUAGAUUCGAAAAUUUAGCAGUUACUGUUCAAAAAGAUUUAGAUCUACUUCGAUAUUCGAAAAGGAAAAAUUUAUCACUACCGAAAUUUCAUUAUGAACAAAAGAGUUUCAAUAUUGUUCACUGCAAUACAGAUCUAACUGAUAAUGAAGUUGAAAUUAUGGUUGUUCGAGGAAUAAACUAUAAUGUUCCCAAUCCAAAAGAUGUAGAUACUUAUGUUAAAAUUGAGUUCCCAUAUCCUCAGGAUGAUUUUUUCAAAGCUAAAAGUUCACUUGUUCGUGAUACAGACAGUCCGGAAUAUAAUCAAAGGUUUAGUGUUGAUAUUUUACGUUCUAACAGGCAAUGUCAAAGAAUAUUUAAACGUCAAGCAGUAAAAUUUGAAGUCUAUUCAAGAGGAUGCUGUGGAAUUUGUCGAAAAUUGCCAAUGUGUUGUUUCAGCGGUUUCCUGCGCUCGGACACACUUAUUGGAACUGUUAAUGCAAAACUGCAGCCACUAGAAACCAAAUGUGAAACACACGAUACAUAUGAUCUGAUGGAAGGACGAAAAACUGUUGGUGGCAAACUGGAAAUUAAAAUAAGAGUUAGGAAUCCAAUUCUUACUAAACAAAUCGAACAUGUUAAUGAAAAGUGGCUAAUUUUGGAUACAUAGAAGUGCUCUUCAUCGUGCAUUAUUUUUUAUUGAAUAUUAUGAAAUGAUUGACAUUAUUAUAGUUUUUCAUUUAUAAAAAAAAAAACAAAAAAAAAAAUACUGUUAUGUUGCUUAUAGAACAAAAAUG